AUGGCAGCCUUACGGAAGAAAUUAGUUAUUGUGGGCGACGGUGCUUGCGGUAAAACAUGUCUGUUGAUUGUCUUCAGUAAAGAUCAAUUUCCUGAAGUCUAUGUUCCAACUGUAUUCGAAAACUAUGUAUCUGAUAUUGAAGUCGAUGGUAAACAAGUUGAACUAGCCUUAUGGGAUACAGCAGGACAAGAAGAUUAUGAUCGUUUACGUCCGUUAUCGUAUCCGGACACUGAUGUAAUUCUUAUGUGCUUUGCAAUUGAUAGUCCCGACAGUCUUGAGAACAUCCCUGAGAAAUGGACGCCUGAAGUAAAACAUUUUUGUCCAAAUGUCCCCAUUGUUCUCGUUGGCAAUAAGAAAGAUUUACGCAAUGACGAAGCAACGAAAAAGGAGCUGAUGAAAAUGAAACAAGAACCUGUUCGAAGUGAAGAAGGGCGCAACAUGACAGAGAAAAUUGGCGCCGUCGGUUAUCUCGAAUGCUCAGCCAAGACUAAAGAAGGCGUACGAGAAGUCUUCGAGCAUGCAGCACGCGCUGCAUUGGCACGAAAGAAGAAACGAAAAGGUGCUUGUAUUCUGAUCUAA